UCGUCAGUUCAUCAGAAUCCUCUCUUGUCGGUAUACAAACACCUUCAGCUACAUCAUCAAUGGCUACUUUAGUACUGUCAUCUGCUACUCAACUUGACUCUUUCAGUAUAGAAGCUACAUCAUCAAUGCCUGCUUUAAUACUGUCAUCUGCUUCUCAACUCGACUCUACAUCAUCACUGCCUACUUCAAGUUUAACACUGUCAUCUGCUUCUCAACUUGACUCUUUCAGUAUACAAGCUACAUCAUCAAUGCCUACUUUAAUACUUUCAUCUGCUUCUCAAAUCGACUCUUUCAGUAUACAAGCUACAUCAUCAAUGCCUACUUCAAUACUGUCAUCUGUUUCUCAACUUGACUCUACAUCAUCAACGCCUACUUCAAGUUCAAUACUGUCAUCUGCUUCUCAAUUUGACUCUUUCAGUAUACAAACUACAUCAUCAAUGCCUACUUUAAUACUUUCAUCUGCUUCUCAAAUCGACUCUUUCAGUAUACAAGCUACAUCAUCAAUGCCUACUUUAAUACUGUCAUCUGCUUCUCAAAUCGACUCUUUCAGUAUACAAGCUACAUCAUCAAUGCCUACUUUAAUACUGUCAUCUGCUUCUCAAACCGACUCUUUCAGUAUACAAGCUACAUCAUCAAUGCCUACUUCAAUACUGUCAUCUGCUUCUCAAAUUCACUCUAUAUCAUCAAUUCAUAUCCUGUCAUCUAGACCUCACUCUUCAAACAGUGGACAUACUCCUCUAUCUAGAACAACAAUACCUACAGUAACUUCAAUUACUGUAGUAACAUCUUUCUUCCAUAUUAAUUCUCCCUCUCCCUCUCUCUCUCUUCCUUUAAUGAAUUGCCCAGAAACUAAUCAAUGGGAAAGCACUAAACCAGGACAAUGGGCAAAUGGCACUUGUCAUAAAGGAACGUUUAAUGCCACAAGAUAUUGUGAUCUUAAUGGAAGAUGGGGUCAACCUAACGCAGUGUCAGUAAGCGAUUCAUAGAAAUUAUGUCAAAAAUUAAUAUAUCGCAUUAUGUUGCUCUUGAAUCACUAUCACAACAACUGAAUGACUUUCCAGCAGCUCAAAGCAUUGUAUUACUGGACUUCAUCAUCACAAACAGCACUAUAGAAUCAGAUAAUGAAACAACACAGGUAUGUAGUUGGUUAUACAUGUACCUUGCCUUAAGCACAAAGCAUGCACUUUACAAAAUAGUUAGUAUUAAAAUUUCUGUUAGUGAAAUAAUACAGUUGGCUUCAAAUA